GAACGACGUUUUACCAUGUUUAACGAAAAAUCGAAAUCGUUUGUGACUCCAUCGGAGGGUCGAUUGAUCGAGCACCAUGACUUAAGCACUCCAAUAAGCACAAAUGAACCUUCGUUUAUCUCGACGGCAGAUGGCAAUAACUCUCGAAUUGUUAUAGCGAUCAAUGGACAAUUCCCGGGUCCACAGAUUACGGCGCACGAGAAUCAGACUUUGGUCAUUCACGUCCGAAACCUGAUGGACGCAGACACUACUACCAUACAUUUUCAUGGUAUGCAUCAGAAAGGCACCACCUAUUCCGACGGCGUCGCGUUCGUAUCACAAUGUCCGAUAGAACAAAAUCAGACCUUCACCUAUACGUUCAAAGCUAAGCCGCAUGGUACCAACUUCUAUCGCGCCCACAGCAAUCAACAGAGGUCUAUGGGACUGUAUGGACCCCUCAUCGUCCAACCUAAACAAGAACUUCCUUCGACAACAAUUGAAGAACUCGUGGCGGUGCUUCAGGACUGGAACCACGACGAUGAUUAUGCCACAUUAUAUCAAUCGAACCCAAUGUUUGUGUUCCAUUCUGGUCUAGUGAAUGGGAAAGGCCGUUACUACCAGGAUAGUGAUACACACAAUCAGGCUCCGUUGACACAGUUUGAAGUCAUUAGGAACGAAUGGUAUACUUUUAGGGUUAUCAGCGCAGCUACCUUUUCCCCUUUUCUUGUUUAUGUUACUGGCCAUCGUAAUCUCACGCUUACCGCAUCGGACGGUUAUGCGAUUAAGGAAAUCGUUGUGAACGCCUUCAUUAUCAACCCUGGAGAGAGAUAUGAUUUCAAGAUAUUUACAAAUCAGCCUAAUGAUAAUUACAUGUUUGUAGCUAGGACACUAGAAAAAGACCAAUUCCACGUAGCGGAGGCUAUAAUUCACUAUCGAAAUGCAGUGGUUAAUUUGAAUCCAGAUAAACCUGCAUCACUUAGUUGUUCCACGGAAAUGAAAUGUAAGAUAUUCAACUGUCCUUACCUUAUUUCUACCAAUGGUGACGAAGAAUGCUUAACGUAUAAUGAUGCACAGACAAAUGACUUCAAUUCAAAACCAGAGGAGGUUGCUACCAUCGAUCACGAAUACUUCUUUAACUUUGCUUUUCCAAAUUCUUCAAAUGCCAUUCCCCACGCAUCAGUGAAUGGCCGUCGGUUCGAAAUACCUACUGCGCCGUUGUAUUCACAACCAGAUGAACUUAACUCAAGCUGCAACAUUCUCUGUCCAACUGACUUUGCCGACAAUAACCUCUGUUCUUGCACAUACACACAGGAAAUUGAGAACGGAAAGGUAUACCAGUUCACAUUAACCAACCUGGGGAACGGAAAAGGAUGGUCACACCCGGUACAUUUACACGGACAUUCAUUCUAUGUCAUGAAGAUGGGUUUUGGCAAGUUUGAUUCAAAUGGAGUUCUAGUCGAUUUGACAACUGACAUUUCCUGUGAGAUUGGAUCGAAAGGAUAUUGUAACAGACCUGUCUGGGCUAAUACUACCUCGAAAGGAGGUAACAUCCCUGGAAUCGUCCUCAACAACAACGCAUAGAAAGACACCAUAAUCGUCCCUAUUGGUGGCUACGUCGUCACCAGGUUCAAGGCAGACAACCCAGGGGCCUGGUUUUUCCAUUGUGAUAUCGGCGUCCACAGUGAAAACGGAAUGGGGAUGGUGAUUAUUGAAUCGCCGGAAAAGUAUCCCGACAUACCAAAUGAUUUCCCCGUCUGUGAAAACAGUCUCAAUAAGGCUGGUUUAUCACCAAGCUUGGACUGGAUGCUGUACUGGAUAACAGUCACUGGGAUCAUCAGUAAGUUGGUGCUGAUGUAGAAGAAAACGGAAUCGACUGCCAGUCUUUUGAUCCUAUGACUCGAAACUGUUAUUAUUAAGAAGUCUUCAUCUCUCGAUUUUCUCUGCUGUCAGUUCCUGUCAAAAUUGUCAGCUUAAAUUAUGCCACUGAUUAUAUAUAUAUAUAUAUCAACAAUGCCUAUCAAUAAACACAUGUAAAUAUAUCCACAGAAACAAAAACUUACAAAAAGACAAGUUACAGUCCCUCUUUAUUUUUCAGCUAAUGAACUGUUAUGAAACUUAUCGCUUAAACACAUGUUAACAUUUAUAUAUUUUCGAUUUAUUUAUCUUUAUUUGGUAAGACCUCUUGUGUGGUUAUGUUUAUAUGCAUUCCUGAGUACAUUUUUUUUGUUAUUUGUUUUUUUUUAUUAAGUCCCCCAAACGAAGUAGACUUAUUGGUUUUGCUCCGUUUCUUCUUCUUCUUUGAGGGAAGGCGGACACAAUGGUACCACUUUCGAAAACAUGUUUUGCCAUGGAAACGAAAUGGAGACUGAUAUUGUCGAAAUUUGGUAUGUAUGUACAUCAUGGGACAUCGGUCACCCCCGUAACCUUACUUUCACAUUUUAACAAAAUGACCGCCAUUUCCUGAUCUCUGAUUAGAACAAAUUAACAUAUUGUCCGAUUUUCAAGAAAUUUUGGUAUGCAGGGGUAUAAGGGGGGCUGCAAUAUCAACUGAAUGGGUUUUGUUGCCAUAGCAAACAAACUGAGACUUCUGAUUGGUCAAAAUUUUGAUGUUUGAUUUUAACGAAAUUUGGUAUAUAGAGAUAUUGAGGGAUGCCGAACAUA